AUGUCAGAUUAUCCAUCGUUAGAGGUAGAAUCACAAGUCGCACAGCAAAAUGAGACUACAUUUACAGUCAAUCUCGCCGAGUCUUAUGCUGUUGGAACGGUCCCACAUGGAGGAUACAUAUCUGCCAUGUUUCUUCGCGCUGCGCGCAUUUUCCUUACAUCUGGAAACCAGCCCGACACAUUCGCAGCGCAUUGGCAUUUUCUGAACGCAACACAUGUUGGACCAGCUGUUCUUGUAGUCGAAGAAGUCCGAAGAGGUCGCGCCUUGUCAAUCGUUCACAUCACGCUAUAUCAAGAGGGACUCCUAACACAGAAACCGUGGAUAACUACAAAAUCCAAGAAAAAAAUCGCGGCGUAUGUCACUAACAAUCGGGUGGAGGCUAAAAGCGGUCUCACCUUGUCUACAGGCUUUGAGCUUCGUCAGCCACCGCCUCCAGUGAACUUGAGCAAGCUUGCAGACGAGAAGGACCCAAACUGGGAGAGAUUACAUAUGAUAGUUAUGGACAUGGUGCCCAUGAUGCAACAUGUUGAAUUCUAUAGUCCCAAGAACAAGACAACGUCACCUGCGUCAUGGGACCUCUGGCUGCGUAUGUCCAACGGUGAACGCUGGAAGACAUGGAUGCUCGGGUAUCUCGCCGACGUAGCCCCUUCCCUUAUGAUUGAGGGAUUCCGACCAACAGAUAUCGAAGCACCGACUCCAAAGGACCGUUUUGCGUUUGACAAGAUCUUUUGGAUGCCAACGGUAUCGUUGAGUCUAGAUGUCAAGAAAGCUUUGCCAGACAAGGGAGACGAGUGGUUGAGGAUCAGGAUUGAAGCCAAAAUUAUCAAGAAUGGGAGAUACGAUGUCGAGGUGAUUAGUUAUGAUAGAGAGGGUGAUGUUGUUUCUUUGAGCAAUAUCGUUGCGCUGAUAUUGGAUGUUGAGAGGAACACAGGACGGGAGAUGAAGCUUUGA